AUAGGGCAAGAAAGGUUCCACAGGUCACAGCUCUUGAUUUACUGCAAGGAUCUUCCUCUGCUGAGUGAAGAAGAUAAAACUGGAAUAGGAGGUGUACCAUUACAUGGUCAGAAGGUGACAUCUAAGUACAGUGUGUUUCCUCAAGGGCUGGGAAGUAGCGCUCCUGCUUGGAUAGCAUUUGACAAGCGGGCCCUUCAGAUAUUGAAAAGUUGCUCUGAGCAAACCACUGAGCACCUCACCUGUGAAGGUAGUUUUUUUGCAUUAUUGCUAUGCUCAGAGACCUUGAAGACCUCUGAGGUUUCCCCACUCACUGAAGUGCAGAACCAGGUAUUGUCUUUUGAUGCCUAUUUUGAAGAAGAAGUGCCUCACAAAAAUCAAGAGAACUAUAGAAUCAGACACUGUAAAAUAUACUUCUUCCUUGAAGAUGAUACAAUUCAAGUGGUUGAACCUCGAGUGAAAAAUAGUGGCAUACCUCAAGGAACUCUUGUUCGACGGCAACGGAUUCCACUUCCACCUCCUCAUGAAGACCAGUUCUACACUGUGCAUCAUUUCAAUGUCAACAUCGAAGUAAUCCUUUAUGGCCGAAAAUAUAAGAUUAUAGAUUGUGACCUGUAUACAAGGAAAUUCCUGAAGAAGAUGGGAAUUAGUGUAAAUCCUUCUGCAGAUCGACCAGAUGACCCGUACACCAAAGUGCGACAGCAGACUCUGGACAGAAAGAAUCCAUUUCGCCCUUUGGAGCGCAUUGACACUCUGAGACAAUUUCUGGAGCACGAUGGGCAAGUUUUAGGUUUCCUCUGUGUGUGGAAUGACCCAGAAUCCUUGUCCUAUGGCCCACGAGAACUUGUUCUUCGUUAUUAUUUGUCUGAUGAUACUAUUGAUAUAAAAGAAAUUAUACCAGAUAACUCAGGCCGGGAUGUAGUUCCACUUUUCCUCAGAAGAGAGAAACUCCCAAAGAAUGCUCCCACUGGGCUGUACCAGCCAGGCACAAUCACCAAUCACACUGUUCUCAACGUGUUGAAAAAAUCAGAAAGAGACAGAGGCUGGUACAUGCUGGACAAUCAGAAGACAGGAGCAGUGCAUCAGGAAUUUUACAGAGACAGUGACUUGAAAAUAGGGGCAGUAAUUAAUGUUUGGGGAAGGAAGAUAGUAAUCUGUGAUUGUGAUGAGUACACUAAAGAAUAUUACAGGACAAAGUACGGAAUUG